UUGUAAUAGCACAAAGUACAAUGUUACAAUAAAAUAGCAUGUUCUAUACUUUUUGAUAGCAUAUCCUACAAUACAACCACUUGUUAUAUUUGUUUUGUUUAAAGAAAUGGAUGAAAUAUCCUUUAAUAAUGACAAUGAAAUGAGCACGCAAGAUAAUGAUGAUGACAAAGAACAAGUGAAAGAAAAAAUAUACCUUGGAGAACCUCUCGAAGAUGGUGAAGAACUAACAUUUGAUAAAACAGCAUAUCAUAUGUACCAUGCAGCACAGACUGGAAUGCCUUGUUUAAGCUUUGAUGUUAUUAAUGACAAACUUGGGGAAAAUAGAACUCAGUUUCCCAUGACAUGUUACUUAGUUUCUGGUACACAAGCAUGUGAAGGUGAAGCAAAUCAAAUACUGUUAAUGAAAAUGUCAAAUCUUACAAAAAUAACAGAAGAUGAUGAUUCUGAAGAUAGUUAUAUUGAAGAGAGUGAUGAGCAGCCAAAUUUACAAACUUAUUCAAUAAAACAUAUUGGCGGUGUAAAUCGAAUCAGGUAUAUAUUUGCAGUGGAAAGGCACUUGGCUGCUUCAUGGUCAUCAUCUGCCACAGUACAUAUAUGGGAUCUAACAGAAGAACUCAAUAGUCUUGAUAUAAAUGGUUUAUCACAGCACCAAAGUAUUGCUAAUAAAAAACCUCUGUUUUCCUUUUCGGGUCACCAGAAAGAAGGGUUUGCUAUGGAUUGGUCUCCCACUGUUGUUGGUCGACUUGCAACUGGUUCAUGCAAUAAUCGUAUUCAUUUAUGGAGUCCCACAGAAUCUAGUUGGCAUGUUGAUCAAAGACCUCUAACGUCACAUACAGCAUCUGUUGAAGACAUCCAAUGGAGUCCAAAUGAAUCUAAUGUGUUUAGCUCGUGCUCUGCUGACAAAACCAUUAAAAUUUGGGACUCACGUGGUGUAGGUGAUAAGGCAUGCAUGCUAACAGUUAAGGCACAUGAUGCUGAUGUAAAUGUUAUUUCGUGGAACAAAAAUGACCCAUUUAUUGUUUCUGGCGGAGAUGAUGGCAUAAUAAAUGUAUGGGACUUACGUCGGUUUCAACAAGGCAUUCCUGUAGCUACUUUUAAACAUCACAGUGCUCCUAUUACAUCAGUUGAAUGGCAUCAUUCUGAUAGCACUGUGUUUGCCGCCUCAUCUGAUGAUGAUCAAAUUACUUUAUGGGAUUUAUCAGUUGAGCGAGAUGAAGAACAUCAAGCUGAGAAUGUUACACUUCCGCCACAACUUCUUUUUAUACAUAUGGGUCAAAAAGAUAUUAAGGAACUUCAUUGGCACCGGCAACUUCCUGGAGUUUUAGCGAGUACAGCAUUAAGUGGAUUUAACAUUUUUAAAACAAUUAGUGUUUGAGCUUCUUUUUUUUUUCUUUUAUAUAAAUAUAAAUACUAGAUUUUUUCUUUUUUUUUUUCUGUAAAUUUAAUGUUGAACGGUAAAGAUCUAUCAAUUAUAUUUAGAAA